AUGAAAAAUACCGAAAAUGAUCUGUACUUCAAUCAUCUAUACAAGGAGGAAAUUUCUCAUCACUUAAUGCCUAGCAGUACAGGAAACAAUCUUUAGGAAUUAGUUUGCAAGAUUCCUGUGAAGUCAGAGAAUUAGAAUAAAUAUAUCGGGGAUAACUAGAUUCUAAAGAUAGUCACAAGAGUAGGUUCAGAGGAUUAAGCAAAAGAGUUCACUAAAUUAACCUCAUCAAUUGGUAACCAAUUAAUUGCUCCAUUACUUGGAAAAUGCUUUCACCUAAAAGAAGAUAUAUGGCUCUAUAAAUUUUGCAUUGGUGAAUCUGUAGAUCAAUAUCACGUUGAAGCAAAUGGAACAAUAUCUGAAGAAUUUAGCUUGGGAAUGUCAGACCUGGCAAAAGACACCAAUCAAGCAAUGAUAGAGCAAUUAAUUGAAGAGGAUCCUGAAUCAGAGACCUUUGAUAUGCUAUUAAAUCCUGACAUUCCUUACUUAACUAUCGACAAAGAAAGUGGGAUAAUCUUAAGGUUCUAUAAUGUACCAAUUGAUCAAUAGAUGAUGAACAGAAAAUCAGAUAUAAUAGGCAUCCCAAUAAAGAAAGGAGAUUAAUACGUGUUAGAGAGAAGAAAUGUGGUUGAGUGUGUCAAUGAUAACACAGUCAUUAUUGACUAACCUUUUUCUCAUCACUAAAAUCUAUCUGAUUACAUUUUUGACUUCAAAAAUAUAAUAGUUGAAGGAGGAAAGGAUAGUGAUCAUCUUACUAGGCAAGUAAGGCAUUAGCACAUCAAGUCAUUUGGCCUUGAAAUAAUAAACCAGAAAUUAGUCUUUUGCAAAAAAUGCAGAUUCACUUUGAAUUAUGAACCUGGAGAUGCAUUAGUUUAUGAAUACUUAUCAAAGACUUAUACUGCAAAAAUUAUAAGAGUACUUGAGGAUAAUUUGAUGGAAAUAGAAAAUUAAGAGUAUCUAAGUGAGCAACCAAUUAUAGUGACCUUAGAUUAUUUUGUUAUGAAAAAAUUAGCUGGGCUCUAAAUAGAUUGGAAAUCUUUGAGUACAAAUAAUGGAUCACUAGAAAUAAAAAUAGAGGGAUCAAGACUUAUAUCCAAAGAGUAAAGUCUAAUAGGAAAAUUGAAUAUUGGUGAUAUGAUAUUCUUUGAAGUUUUUGCUGAAAAAGAUCCAAAACAGCAAAUAAAAGAUCGCAAAACUUCUGGACCUAUAUUCAAGAUUACUGAAAUUAUUGAUAACGGGUUUAGUGCUGGUAUUGAAUUGCUCUAAGGUAGUAACAUACAAAUACAUCAACUAUCAUCUGAAUUUACCAGUAAAGUAUUAUUAGGGACUCCAAAUAAUGAGGGUAUUUCUCACACGAAAUUAUAAAGCCUGUCAUCGGGUUAUCUUCUUUCAAAUAUAAGAUUUGAUUAAAAUAGAAAAAUUGACUAGCAAUACUUUAAGACAUAGCAUAUUCUAAAUUAAUAAGGAGUCUUUGUUUUCAAAAUGCAAUAAAAUCAAAGAAUUCAGGAUAAAAAGUUGAGGUUAGUAAUGUAAAAUCUAAAUAUAAAUUCUGAUUCAACAAGCACUGAUGACCAUAAUCCAAUAGUAGAAUUUGUCUACAACUCUAAGUAUGGAUUACUGAUCAAUGGCCAGUAAAUGAACAAGGGAUUUGAUAACAUCACUCACCUAUAUUUUAUCAUGGACACUAAUGAUACACUUUACUUUGCAGAUAAUGCUACAAACUUUGCAAGCAUUUAUCAUUCAAUAGUAAUACCAGGUUUGAGUAAGAUGAGACUUCAGAUGUUAUUUGAUUCUAAAUAUUCAGAUUCAAUAGAUAUUUCAGAGCUUCGAGUGAUUUAAAGACUUCCCUUGAAAUUGUAAAAGCAACUUUCCUUCUUCACACAGGUGGCUCCAAACACCUAAACAGCUUAUCAUGUUGAUCAUUAUACUAAUGGUACUAUGUGUGCUGUCAAUAACAAACCAAGACAAGUUACGAUAUUUUACUACUGUGAUUACUUUGGAAAUAAUGAGGCUCAGAUUAAUGAACUAAGUGAGCCAGAUUGGUGCACUUAUCAUGUCAAAAUUUUGACUAAGUAUAUGUGUGGUAAAUGGGCAUCUAACAUAAAAGGUGCUGUUGAGGAGAUAGGCAGGAUCUAAAAUAAGACUAAAAUUAAGUGUUAAACGAGAUAACUUAAUAAUGAUGAUAAUUACCAUGACUCAGUUUAUUCUUCAAAAAAUAAUAUGGAUUAAGGAGUAGCUGAAGAUUAGAAAAUAAAAUAGAAAGCUGAUUUGUGA